CAGGCUCUGGGAACGUUGUGCUCUGGACCGCCGAAGGACCAGCUCCACGCUGGGAGUACAGCCAACCAGUCUAUAUAUAUAUACAUAUAUAUAUAUAUACAUUUGGCCUGAAGUGGGCAAAAGUGUGACAAACAGAACGGAAAGUUAGCAUACUUUUGUGAGUGACGAUUUGGCAAAAUCGCGAGUUCAAGCCCCUCAUUCCAGGAUAUCGAAGGAAUGUGAAUAUGUGACCCAAAUUGAAAACGCGUAAACGGGUCGCAGCUAACAUAUAAAAAAACACAUAUACAUAUAUAUGUAUAUGGGUAAAGGAGCAUAAGUACAUCUGUCAAUACAAGGAGGAAUUAUGAAGCUCUCUGACACCAUGGCCACGCCAAUAGAAGAAAAACUCGAUCAAAACCUUAAGGUAAAACCAAAAAUACAUCAAAUAAGAUUAAGUAUUAAUAGUUUCAUUAAUAUUUUACAGGUGCGAACUGGAAUGGUCCAUGUGAGCGAUGGCAAGAGCAGACCAGAACCCCUGCGCCUCAAUCUCACCAUGGAACUACUUUCCCUGCAGAAGCUGGAAGUAGUUACCCCAAGUAGUUGUCAUCCCAACGGACCGCCCAUGGAAUCCAAGGAACGAAUGGUUCAAAUUACGCGCCAAAAACAAGGCGGCCUAGGACUGAGCAUAAAAGGCGGAGCCGAGCAUAAGCUACCCAUCUUGAUAUCCCGUAUCUAUAAGGAUCAAGCAGCGGAUAUAACGGGCCAACUAUUCGUGGGCGAUGCCAUCAUCAAGGUUAAUGGUGAAUAUAUCACAGCAUGUCCUCACGAUGAUGCUGUGAAUAUAUUGAGAAACGCUGGGGAUAUAGUUGUUCUAACUGUUAAGCACUAUCGGGCAGCCACGCCUUUCCUUCAGAAGCAAUUAACCAAGGACACGCCCGACUCUGACAACGAUGCCACAUGCGCCGAACUGAAGGCAGACGAGGGCUACAAGUCCUCCGUCAACAGUGGAACCAUCAGUCGCAGUUGUAGUCGCCCCAUGUCAAUUUGCUCGGAACCGGAAAAGCGUUGGACGGAUGUGGUGGCAGUACCCCUGAUGAUGGCCUAUGUAACGAGAUAUAUCUAUGGCACCGACAAGCUCCGCCAAAACGCCUUUGAAGUUCGUGGCCUAAAUGGCAUUACCACAGGGGUCAUACACUGCGAUGAGUUGGCCAUACUUAGUCAAUGGCUAAAACUGAUCACAGAUAACGUUGUGGGCCUAACGCAUUUACAGAUGAAGCUAUAUAAUAGAAACUUUGCUGUGGGCGAGCGCAUUGAGUACAUGGGUUGGGUCAACGAAGGAGUCAUCAACAACAAUAUAUCCUGGCAGAGUUACAAGCCCAGAUUUCUGCUACUCAAAGGCACUGAAGUGAUGCUCUUUGAAACGCCACCACUUAAUGUAGCUGGCAUCAGCAAGGCUUUGGUUGUCUACAAGGUCUAUCAGACCAUGUUCCGCAUUGUCAAGGAAUCCGAGACUGUGGAUAGUCGCCAGCAUUGCUUCCUGCUGCAAAGUUCAGGCCAUGAACCCCGCUAUUUGAGUGUGGAAACCCGUCAAGAGCUUUUAAGGAUCGAGAACAGCUGGAAUGCGGCCAUUGUGACUAGUGUUAUUAAGUUGGGCCGCAAGACCUUUGCUGUCUCGCAUCAUGGUAAGAGUGGUGGGCUCACUUUGGACUGGCAAGCUGGUUUUUCACUAGCUGAAGGAGCCGAUUCUGCUAUAGUUUGGCAGUAUAAGUUCUCACAGUUGAGGGGCUCCAGUGAUGAUGGGAAGUCCAAGCUGAAGCUGCAUUUUCAGGAUCACGAUAGCCGAGCAAUCGAAACAAAGGAACUGGAAUGUCAAGUUCUGCAAAGUCUGCUAUUCUGCAUGCACGCGUUUCUAACGGCCAAAGUGGCCUCGGUGGAUCCAGCCUUUUUGAGCUCAAUCCAACAGACCUAAAUCAAAAAUGGGAUAGCAAGGUUAAGGACAAGGAUUCAAAAGGACUCUCGACUCAAAUGAUAUAAGUAUAGAAUAUUCGUAAAGUGCAUAGCAAAUAAUUCGAAUAUGAAUGUUGGACUAGGUAUCUUAUACAUGAUUGUCAGCUUGUACUUAUUAUAAACAGGUACGCGUUUAUAUAUAUAUAUAUAUAUGUAUGUUGAUCUGAAUGAUUGUAAUUGGAUAAUGAUAUGGAUAUAUUUAUAGGCGCUGAUAAAAACUGAAAGUGAAAUCUCUUGGUGCAUUACAGUAAAUUUUAAGCAUACAUAAGGCAAAUUACUUUAGGCAUUUUUCCUAUUACGUAGACUUGGUACUUAAAACAAAUUGACAACAAAUUUAUAUAUAAUAUAUAUACAUAUUGUUUAUAAUCGAUUGUUUCCCAAUGUAGCCUUUAUAGUUGAAUUACUUACCUAACUAACGGAAUGAGAAAAAACCACAUAGGUCUGCCGAUUCUGAAUGUCAGAAAUUUGUCGCUUUUGCUAAAAACCGAAAAUGAGUCAGGCCUCAAAGGCUUUAUUUCGUGCUGUAAUCCUCUAGAUAUAUUUCUCCCAAAAGGUUUAACGAACAAAUUUAAUCGAAAACUCAUGUUUUUUGUGCGCUCUAAUGAAAAUUUAAUUUUCGAAACCAAAAAAGAAAUUAAGAAAAACCAAAAAGGAAAUGCUUUAAGGUCAGAUUAACUGUUAUUUUCUACUGAUGUAAUAGCUGAUGUCAUAAUAGAUAUAUAUACCAUAUAAAAAAUAUAUAAAUAUAACAUCCACCGAACAAAUCUCAAUGCACAGACGUAAUAUGAACUAGAUUUUAUAACUGUUAUACAUCUAAUCAGAGCCAGUUAAGUGAUUCCAUCAGACACUCACUUAGGUCAUUUGUCAAUUCAGAAAGUGUCUUUCAGUGGCAAGAUCGUAUUUGUUGCUUAUGCAUAUUGCAUUUGUAUGUAUUGAUUUUAGGCGUUAUUGCACAACAUACAUCUACAUAUAUAUUAUUAACGAAUUAGUUAGCGAAUCAUCGACAAGCACAAAGGAUCAUAUAUAUAAAUAAGCACUCACACACACACACCCACACAAAUAUCAAGUUGGCGCAUUCGCAAGAUUCCCAAAAACGCAUUAACAGAAUAUCUCUCUAUACAAAUAUGAAAUAAUAUGUAUAACCUGCAAGCAGAGAAAUCAGAAUCAAAAGUAUUUACUGUACAUAUUGCUUAGCUCUAUUGGGUUAGAAUCAGCUCUAUAGCACCAAGAAUGUAUACCAUAACCGCAGACAUAAUACAAGCUCACAAGGAUAACACAGACAAAGACAAACUAGAUGGCACCCCUAAUCGCAACCUUUAACCCAAAACCCGACCAACAUACGUAAUCUGCAUACACCGCAACAUGUUAUACGAGUAUCAACUACCAGGGAGUUAGACCUCCCUCAUCCGAACUAACCAUAACAUAACAUAUAUAUUUUCAAUGCAAAGCUUACAUAGUAUAUACAUUAUAUAUAUGCCAUAUGUACCCCGAAAACUAAGAAUACUACUCAAAAGCUGCGAUUCUGUGAAAGAGUUCAAUAUUUAUCUGGAACUGCGCUACUUGAUACGAUUACUAAAUUCAUCGAUACGAAAGCCAUUUGAGUUGGUUUUGUUAAGGUUCCCACUUUACUUUUAUACGUUAAUAAUUGAAAUUAUUGUACAAGAAAACAAAAAGCAUACAAAUUGGAAUAAAACCCCGAAUAUCUAAUCAAGUAA